ACCCCCUCCCCUGCAUUAUUUGUCCCCGACGACCGAGCAAAGGGCGCAAAAGAAGCUGCGAAUUGCAGCUGUGACGUGGGCGUCGUUGUUCCAUUCACCGCAUUCGCCAUGGCAACGGGGCAGAAGCUGGAAGCACGCGGUCCCUCUCACACUUUCUCUCUCUCUCUCUUUGGACAGCGUCCUGAGGGCAGAAAGGCAGCUGGGAGUUCCUCCUUAUGAUCUCUGCACUAUGUCUUAGAAGUAUGUGGUUUCGAGUCCCAUUAUUUCUUGGAAUGCUCAGAGUUUUAUUUUUGAGCACACAGACGUAAUUAGAAGGUCUAAAACUUUUACGCGUUGUUUUUACGCAUGAAACCAAUAAAUGUGACCCACUGACCCAGAUCAAGAGUAAUAGACUAUAACUAGAUGUUUUGUUUUUUUCUUAAGUACGACCAUGUGCUGCAUUUUCCGUGUUUAAACUCAGCUGCUACAUUUCUCACUCCACUUUGUUCAUCAACAUGCUGCAGGACGACUCGCAUUGUUGGCCAGACUGAUUGGGGUUUCAGCACAAUCUCCCGUGACCAAUGAGCGGGGUGCUGUCAGGGGUAACCACAUCUGUCAGGCGUUCUCGGCCAAUAAAGAGCGGAGCGAGGCGGACCACAGGUGCGCGCCUCUGCGUCCCCUUGGCACAGCGCCCGGGAGAUGCUGGAGAGAGACGCCUAUAGCUGCCCCGUGGCGCAAAGAGAGUUUCUGUCAGAGGCAGCCUCCCUCAUUAACUCCAGCUAUCACUCUGGCUCCGAGAGAGUUUAUGGCGACCGCAGCGUCCAACCACUACAGCGUCCUCAGCACCCCCAGCAGCGCGCCGCCGCCGCACUCGGAGUCCGGGAGCAUGCAGCAGGCGGCAGCGUACAGGGACGCGCACACCCUGCUCCAGAACGACUACGGCACGCUACCGGGCGGUGGACAUCCGCUCAGCCACGCGCACCAGUGGAUCGCGGCGCUUUCUCAUGGUGACAGUGGGGCGCCGUGGCCGUCCAGUCCCCUCCGAGAGCAGGACGUCAAACCCAUACUGCAUGACAGUGACCGAGACGAGCUGCAGAACUCCAGCAGCCUGCAGCAGCAGCAGCAGCAACAGCGACACCCUCACCUAGCGCACCAGCAAGCGCAUCACGACGCCAGAACAUGGCGAACCAGCACGGCCACAACGCACAUCACCGGCAUGGCGACAUCUGAGGGACAGAGCCUGGUGUACUCCCAGUCUGGAUUCGGUCUGAUGCCGGGGGGAGAGCAAGGGGGGAUGCACCACCACCCCCUGCGGGACGAGGACCACCACAGUCACAGCCCGCACCUCAGUGAGCACGGAGGCGGCCCCGGGGCCCACCACCAACACCAGCAGCACGGGGGCCAUCAGGACCAGUCGGACGAGGACACGCCGACCUCGGAUGAGCUGGAGCAGUUCGCCAAGCAGUUCAAGCAGAGGCGGAUCAAGCUGGGCUUCACCCAGGCGGACGUGGGGCUGGCCCUGGGGACUCUCUAUGGGAACGUGUUCUCUCAGACCACCAUCUGCAGGUUCGAGGCGCUGCAGCUCAGCUUCAAGAACAUGUGUAAACUCAAACCGCUGCUAAACAAGUGGCUGGAGGAGGCGGACUCCACGUCGGGGAGCCCCACCAGCCUAGAUAAGAUCGCAGCGCAGGGGAGGAAAAGGAAAAAGCGGACCUCCAUCGAGGUGGGCGUCAAGGGCGCUCUGGAGAGCCAUUUUCUGAAAUGCCCCAAACCUGGAGCGGCGGAGAUCAACUCCCUGGCGGACAGCCUGCAGCUGGAGAAGGAGGUGGUGAGGGUUUGGUUCUGUAACCGGCGGCAGAAGGAGAAGAGGAUGACCCCCGCUGGGGGACAGAUGCCAGGAGUGGAGGACAUGUACGGGGACACCCCUCCUCACCACGGAGGACAGACUCCUGUGCAGUGACCCCUGUCCCGUAUUUUCAUUUUUAUUUUGGGAGAAAACACAAACCUCUAAAGGAGGCGGCUUCUAAUUUGUUAAAUUCUCAGUGCUGGAACUGGACCUCAACCAGUUUUAAGUGUUGGACGGACGCAGGGAUGUAGAGUGGCACCCCGGUGCUAAAAACACUCAAAGCAGAGAUGUGUAGACUGGCGUAAUGCCAGGCAUAUUAAGCUAGUGUGUGCUAACCAAAAUGGGGAAGAAAAAAAAAAAGAUGGGGGAAAAAGCAGCGACAUUUUCUGCGUCAGUCUUUAAAGAAAGGCAGGAGGGAAACUAUUGGAACAGGCUGCAGUCUGUGGGUAAAUAAACGCCAUCUUUCCAUCAUAACAAAAGCGACAGGGAUCCUGCAGCUUGUGGUAAAAGACAGGGCUGAAAUGGCAGACACCUGCUGUAGCCCACAAUACCAGCCAACCGCUCAUUAUUAUUACUAUUAUUAUUAUUAUUAUUAUUAUGUUUUAUUAUUUGUCUUUAGAAAUAAUUAAACAACACCCAAAUACAAUUUUUUAAACGUUUAAAUAUAGAACAAUUAAUAAUAAUAAUAAUAAUAAAAGUGUGUGUAUUGGUUGACCUGUGCUUUUCUUUCUGUGUGUCCGUUUACACUGUGUUUUCGCAGUUAGUUAUUUCUGUACUUUUCCCAAAACGCUGUGAGGAAACAGACCGAGACUGUCCGACUGGAGCUUUCAAGGCGAUCCAGUUUAUUUUGGCCUUGCUCUCUUUAAAUAGGAAGAAAUAGAGGGGAAUCUUUAAAGUGACCCUGAUCCUGUUAUUAUCCGUUUUGGACUCAGUCAUUCACUGAGAAGAUCGUGUUUUUAAAACCUGUAUGGCUUUACUUUGUUAACUGUAUUUCAUUUUUUAUUUUUAUUUUUUUCAUGUCAAAUUGUGCCAAAGCACAAACACAGACACGUGUUCUUGUGCCACCUUAAUCCUGUGAUUAUGAUCUGAUAUGUAAGAUGUUUUUGUGGGGAAGUGCUCCAGAAGUUGGAGAUCAAAUCUCUGACACAUUUUAAUUAAAAUCUUGAAGCUCAGAAACUCAAAUACAAAUGAGGAAUUUUGAUGGUUGCAGAGACAUUAUUAUUUGAUUCUUAAGAAUUAUAGCAAUGAUAAUUUCCAACUCCUUUUUCUAGGCAAUCAACAGAAAAAUAGAAACAUUUGAAGUAUUCAUCUGCAACACGCACAUAAUUAUUUUGUUUUUAUUUGGAUUAUUGUCAAACAAGAGAAAUUAGCUUUAUAUAUAUAUAAAAUGAAGUAUUUGAGUUGAGUUAUAGUUCUGAAAUCCUUCAGCUGAGUUUGAGUUUCUGAUGUAAAGAGAGGCGGGAAAGAAAAAAAAAAAAUCAAUAAAAACAAAAUAAAAAUGUAUCGACCUGAAAUCUGUGAUCCAGCAAAGAGGGAAAUGAAACCAACAAUUGCACAAUUUCUAUCUGCUUUUUUGUCAUUAAAUCGUAUUGGUUUUCUACAA